GUCAGGACUGAUUGACCAACGGCGACACACCCAGUGAGCUGUCCUGUGCGCAUGCGCAGAGGCAACAGCAGAGUGUAGAAAGUUUGCUGUGGAGAGUUUCUGAAGAGGGGAAGUUCUGAAGCUACUGCCGGAGGAAAACCCGCCAGCAGCUGAGAUUCUUCAGGAGGAGACAGCGGCUCCUCAUUCCUUUCCAACCUACCCUCAGCUGCUCUUCCCUCGGUAUGAAGAUCCAGUUCGCUCCACUGAACGUCCCCCUGCAGAGGAGGCUGCAGACCGCCGCUGUGCUGCAGUGGGUCUUCUCCUUCCUGGCUCUGGCCCAGUGCUGUCUGGCUGCCUUUGUCCUUCUGGCUCUCUCUGAUUGGUGGAUUCUGGCCCUGCUAUAUGCUGGUUGGCUGUGGUUGGACUGGGACACGCCCACCACUGGAGGUCGGAGGUCCCAGUGGGUGAGGAACUGGACCGUGUGGGAGUAUUUGAGGGACUACUUCCCCCUGACGCUGGUGAAAACUGUUGAUCUGGACCCAACCAAGAACUACAUCUUUGGCUUCCACCCCCACGGUGUCCUGGUGGCUGGCGGGUUUGGGAACUUCUGCACGGAGGCCACAGGUUUUUCCCAUCUGUUUCCAGGUCUGAGGUCUUACCUGCUAAUGCUGCCGUUCUGGUUCCGAGUGCCUUUCUUCAGGGACUACAUUAUGUGUGGAGGACUGGUGUCCAGCUGUAAGUCCAGCCUGUCGUACCUAGUCAGUCGUCCUAAUGGAGGAAACGUGGCUGUCAUCGCAGUCGGCGGGGCUACAGAAGCUCUGGAUGCUCGACCUGGAGCUCUGACUUUGCAGGUGAAGAACAGGAAGGGCUUCAUCAAGCUGGCCCUGAAACAUGGAGCUCAGCUGGUCCCGGUCUUUUCUUUUGGAGAGAAUGAGCUGUUUGAUCAGAUGGAGAAUCCAUCUGGAUCUCAUCUGAGGAGGCUGCAGAACCGGCUUCAGAGCAUCAUGGGAAUAGCAAUGCCUCUGUUUCAUGCCAGAGGAGUUUUCCAGUACAGCUUUGGUCUGAUUCCCUACAGGAAGUCCAUACACACCAUCGUUGGGAAGCCUAUCCCAGUCUCCCAGACUGCGUGUCCCAGCUCAGAGGACAUUGAUGCUCUCCACACAGUCUACCUGCAGAGCCUCAUGGAGCUAUUUGAGGAGAACAAAACCACCUACGGUCUAGAAAAGGAUCAACACCUCACCUUCAUCUGAUCUACUCGAAGGUUCCAGUACCAUGAACCUCUACAACUCCUGAGCUCUGACUGCCUUGUGGCAGCUGACCGUGCUCCGCAGCCUAAUUGGCUGAAUGGAUUUAAUCUGAAGCUGUUAAAGAAACACUCUGACUCUGCAGAAAACUGGACUGUUGAAGGUUUCCACCACAAGAACAUGGGCUGGGUCUGACCUGCUUGUCCUACCGUGCUCAGCUGUGUUGAGUCUAACAGAGCAGCAGGGGGCAGCACUACCUGUCUUUACAACUGAACCAAGCCUGUCCUGCUGGUUAGAAGCUGGUCAGAAAGGUCUCAGCAGGACUACAGUCUGUCUUGGACUCUGUUUAACUGAUGUUCUCUCAGAAUAAUAAAUCACAUAAACCAG